GCCCAUAUUCAGUUCACCCUCAUCAUUUAGGGUUUCUGUCUACAACGCAAAGUACACUCUCUUUCGACAGGUCGACCAAAUUACUUUUUUACCUGGAGAUCGACUCUUUCCACAAACAUGGCGGAGAGAGGCGCUGGAGAUCGUGGAGGCUUUGGCCGUGGAUUCGGAGGCCGUGGCCGUGGAGGGGAUAGGGGAGGUCGUGGGCGAGGUGGCCGCCGAGGCCGCCGUGAUAAUGAGGAGAAGGAUUGGGUGCCAGUGACAAAGCUCGGCCGUCUUGUGAGAGAUGGAAAGAUCAAAUCUGUAGAACAAAUCUACCUACAUUCUCUCCCAAUUAAGGAGUAUCAAAUCAUCGAUAUCCUGAUAGGUCCCAGUCUAAAAGACGAGGUGAUGAAAAUCAUGCCGGUGCAGAAACAGACCCGGGCAGGACAGAGAACAAGGUUCAAGGCGUUUGUGGUUGUCGGCGACGGCAACGGGCACGUAGGACUCGGGGUCAAGUGCUCGAAGGAGGUGGCUACUGCCAUUCGUGGCUCUAUUAUCUUGGCCAAGCUGUCGGUUAUUCCAGUGAGGAGAGGGUACUGGGGGAACAAGAUUGGGAAGCCACACACUGUCCCCUGUAAGGUCACCGGAAAGUGUGGUUCUGUCACGGUGCGGAUGGUUCCUGCUCCUCGUGGAGCUGGGAUUGUUGCUGCCCGGGUUCCCAAAAAGGUGCUCCAGUUUGCUGGUAUUGAGGAUGUCUUCACGUCCUCGCGUGGAUCCACGAAAACCCUUGGGAACUUUGUCAAGGCAACUUUUGAUUGUCUUUUGAAGACUUACGGGUUCCUUACUCCAGACUUAUGGAGGGAGACUCGGUUUUCUAAAUCUCCUUUCCAAGAGUACACUGAUCUUUUGGCUAAGCCAACUGCCAAGGUUGUCCAUGUGGUGGAGGAUGCUGAGGCUGCCUGAGCUUAGAGUGCUGUGUUGUUAUGGUAGGAUUUUUCAUUAUCAAAUAUCAAUUUAAAUUUUCAUCUAUUUUCAAGAGAGUGAUAAGUGUACUGUUUUAUUGAGGAACUGUUUGUUUAUCCAAAUUGGACAGGAUACUUGAUUAAGUUUUGCCUUUAUUGUAGUGAUUCUUUUGGCAUA